UUUAUACCCGCCCCGCAUCACCCUGCCAUCAGAGGCCGCUGUGUCCUUCUGUUCUUGGCCGGGCGGUGUCAGUCAGCGUCUAUCGGAUAUUGAUGACAGCCCAGCGUUGGACCAGAGUUGAGCUUCCCAACGCGGAAGCUGUGCCUCAGAGUAUCCUCCAUGAGACGAGUAUGUUGAUCAGUCAUGGGAGCCUGCGGCACGGGAUAUCCUAUCCCCGCCAUGGGAUAUCCCCAUCUCCCCGCCUCUCCGCCACGCCUGAUUCAGGGCUUAUGGAGACAACCAUCGCAACGUCUUGGCACGGCCCGUGUGCGAUUCUCCCCAUGUCGCCGUCACCUUCCUUCUUGACCGCGUCGGAUCCUACUCGGCAUCCAUCAAGUCCCGAGGUCCUUCUACAUCCAGCCGACGGCGAGUGGAGAGAUGGCUCUGAUAGCGGCCUUGGCUGUCGGAAGAGGAAGCUGGGAGAUAAAGCUGGUGGGAGGGAUGCUGGUGGGUUGAGGGAUCAAGCUGGAGGAUCACUGGAUGGCGUCAGGGACCUAUAAAGAGGCGACGGUGUCUCCGUAGACAUGUUCGUCUUACCGGACAAGCUGCACCGCUCGCCUGACUGCUCGCCUGACCACCAAGAUGUUGAUGAAGUCCCUCCUCUCGCUCGGCCUCAUGGGCGCGGCUGCCACCGUGGCGGCCCACCCCCAUCCGUCGACCAAGGCCGGCGUCUCGCGCCGCGCCGUCGACCUCAACGCCUUCCGCCUCAAGGCCACGGCCAAGUACGUCAAGGCCGAGGAGGUUGGCAGCUCGCCGGCCGCUUCGGUAGCGCGCCGUGCCGACUACCUCGAAGUGGCCAAGGACCUGGCGGCCAAGGUGGUCCCGGGCGCCGAGUUCCGCAUCGUCGGUGACCACUACGUCGGCACCAACGGCGUGGCGCACGUGAACCUGAAGCAGCAGGCUCACGGUAUUGAUAUCGACAAUGCCGAUAUCAACAUCAACAUCCUCGAUGGCAAAGUCUUCUCGUACGGCAACAGCUUCUUCACCGGCAAGAUCCCCGAGCAGAACCCGCUCAAGAAGCGCGACUUCGACGACCCCACGGUCGCGCUCGACGGCGCCAAGACGGUGCUCCAGCUCCCCAUCGAGGGCCAGGCCAAGGCCGAGGCCAAGGAGGGCGUCGAGACGUACACGCUCAAGGGCACGUCGGGCGCCGUGUCGGACCCCGAGGCGCGGCUGGUGUACCUGGUGCAGGCGGACGGCUCGCUCGCGCUGACGUGGCGUGUCGAGACCGACGUUAAAACCAACUGGCUGCUCAGCUACGUCGACGCGGCCGACAAGACCAAGGUGCACAACGUGGUCGACUACGUGGCCGACGCCACCUACCAGGUGUACCCGUACGGCGUCAACGACCCGACCGAGGGCUCGCGCAUCAAGGUGACGGACCCGUGGGACAAGCCGUCGUCGCCGUUCCAGUGGCACAACGACGGCACCAGCAGCUACGAGACGACGCGCGGCAACAACGGCAUCGCGCAGGUCAACCCCAACGGCGGCAGCGCCUACAUCAACAACUACCGGCCCGUCAGCUCGGCGCUCAACUUUACUUUCCCCUACACGACCGCCAUGUCGCCGGCGUCGUCGUACCGCGACGCGUCGGUGGCGCAGCUCUUCUACACGGCCAACACCUACCACGACCUGCUCUACCAGCUCGGCUUCAACGAGGCGGCGGGCAACUUCCAGACCAGCAACAACGGCAAGGGCGGGCGCGGGGGCGACGCCGUCAUCCUCAACUCGCAGGACGGGGGCGGGACCGACAACGCGCAGUUCAGCACGCCGCCCGACGGGCAAGCGGGGCGCAUGUACAUGUACAUGUGGACGUACAGCUCGCCGCAGCGCGACUGCUCGUUCGAGGCCGGCGUCGUGAUCCACGAGUACACGCACGGCUUGUCCAACCGCCUCACCGGCGGGCCGGCCAACACGGGCUGCCUGAGCGCGCUCGAGUCGGGCGGCAUGGGCGAGGGCUGGGGCGACUUCAUGGCCACGGCGGCGCGGCUCAAGCCGGCCGACACGGCGGCGACCGACUACCCCAUGGGCUCGUGGGUGUACAACGACGUCAAGGGAAUCCGCGCCUACCCCUACAGCACGUCGCGCACCGUCAACCCGCUCACGUACGCGAGCGUCAACUCGCUCAGUACCGUGCACCCCAUCGGCACCGUCUGGGCCACCAUGCUGUACGAGGUCAUGUGGCAGCUCAUCGCCAAGCACGGCAAGAACACCGACAUCUACCCCAAGCUGGACGCUCGCGGCGUGCCCACCGACGGCAAGUUCCUGACCCAGAAGCUGGUCAUUGACGGCAUGGCCCUGCAGCCCUGCAGCCCCAACUUUGUCCAGGCCCGCGACGCCAUCCUGGACGCCGACCGCGCCCUGACCGGGGGGCAGAACCUGUGCGCCAUCUGGACCGGCUUUGCCAGGCGCGGACUGGGCAGCGGCGCCGUCUACUCGUCGAGCAGACGGACUGAGAGCUUUACCUUGCCGACAGGAGUGUGCUAGAUGGGUGGAUUUCUUUGUAAAUAUUGAGUAGUUAUGUCAUUUACGAGUUGAUGU